AACAAACAACUUCUCUCUCCUCCCUUACAUUUCUCGUCAAAUUCUCUCCCAUUUUCCUCGCCGGAAAGUUUUGGUUUUUUCCUGUUUCGUUUUCUUGAAUAAAUAUAUUGAAGUGAUGACGAAAGAGCGAGGUGGAGCGGUGGUUGCGGAGCGGAGCAAUCUCCACAGACCAAAGUUCGGCUCUUUCUUGAACGCAGAUUCGAUUGCGGUAUUCAACAGUCACCAGUUCGACGACUACUCUUCGAAUUAUCGUAAAAGCAGUGCUUCUGCGACGAGUCCCAGAUGCUAUACGAAUUAUAGCAGUACGCCUACACCGACAAGCGGCGAAGCUUCUCCUUAUCUAAUGUCUCCCUGGAAUCAAACAGCGUCUCCUUACACCAAAUCUCCCUGGAUUGCCCCUUCUUUUAAGGAGAACCUGAACUGCAAUGGUCUGAUUGGCUCCAUUGUGCGUGAAGCAGGUCAUAUAUAUUCGUUAGCGGCUUAUAGAGAUUUAUUAUACACAGGUUCGGAUAGCAAGAACAUAAGAGUUUGGAAGAAUCUGAAGGAGUUUUCAGGAUUUAAAUCAAACAGUGGUUUGGUUAAAGCCAUUGUUAUAGCCGGCGACAAGAUUUUUACAGGUCAUCAAGACGGCAAAAUCCGAGUGUGGAAGAUUUCAAGCAAAAACCCCAGCGUCCACAAAAGAAUCGGUAGUUUACCAACUUUUAAAGACUAUGUCAAAUGCUCAGUUAACCCGAGGAACUACGUCGAAGUUCGACGGAACAGAAACGUUCUCAGAAUCAAACACUUCGAUGCAGUUUCGUGUUUGAGCUUAAACGAAGAACAAGGAUUGUUAUACUCAGGCUCCUGGGAUAAAACCCUCAAAGUGUGGCGAAUCUCAGACUUUAAAUGUUUAGAAUCAAUCCAAGCCCACGACGAUGCCAUUAACUCCGUUGUUGCGGGCUUCGAUUGUUUCGUCUUCACAGGGUCGGCUGACGGAACUGUCAAAAUGUGGAGACGAGAGCUACAAGGGAAAGGAACGCAGCAUUUUCUGGUUCAGGUUUUGUUAAAACAAGAGAAUGCAGUGACGGCCCUGGCGGUCAAUGAAGAAUCGGCUGUGCUCUAUUGUGGAUCGUCGGAUGGGCUGGUAAAUUUCUGGGAACGUGAAAAGCAUUUGUCUCACGGUGGGGUCCUCCGGGGCCACAAACUGGCCGUGCUGUGCCUGGCCACGGCUGGCAAUUUGGUGUUCAGUGGCUCGGCUGAUAAGAAUAUCUGCGUGUGGAGAAGGGAAGAGAGCGGGGCCCACUCUUGCUUAGCUGUCUUGUCGGGCCACACCGGGCCAGUCAAAUGUGUAGCCGUCGAGGAAGAUCAUGAUCGUGAGAACAAGGAAGAUCAACGGUGGAUAGUUUACAGUGGGAGCCUGGAUAAGGCAGUUAAAGUCUGGCGCGUGUCGGAGCACGCUCCUGAGUUAAAGGGGUUUAUCUCACCGACCCCGGAGAACGGAUUCACUCAAAGUUAAAAGAGAAUGAAAAGGCGAGGCGAGGUGAAUAGGACGUGAAGAGCACGCGGAGUCACACAGAGUGUCACGUGGAGAGGUCCCCACGUAGGCAAUUCCGCAAUUGCAGUGGAAGAGGGUAACAGUAAGAGCGAGCGGUCCUUUGAGCAUCUGAUAAAACCCUGGCCUCGAAGGAAAAGCACUGUUGUGGACGGCACCACAGAAUCCAUUAGUCAAUAGAAGUAUGCCACGUCAUGAACUGUCUGUGUACAUUGUGGGAUUAUUUUAUUUUUGUUUUUUUUUCUUCCAAAUAUGGGAAAUUGUCAAGAAUUUUUUUUUUUU